GGGACUUAUUAGCCUUUCAUUUCUGAAAAACAGGCACACCAAGUGGAGCGAAAGGACGUAGUUGGUUUUCGUGUCCCAUUCUCACACAUCACAUAUAGCUUGGUCCACUCUUGCAACUCAAUUGAGAUUGGCCGUUAGAUUCUCUUCUUUUACCUGAGCUCAGCUGGAGUAUUCUUCCUGACAUCCCCAUUUAUUCUUGAAGCAGGGCUGGAAUCUAAGGUCUUGGAACGUUCUCUAAAUCCACUCAUUCAACCUGUGCUUUAUGGUGCAGGGAUGCUAGGAAAAUCAUUUGUUACUCCUCUGCUGACCUUUAACUCUGCGUCAUGCUUCUCCGCUCCGGGUUGUGAUUCUGGCUCAGCAGCAGCAAACAGUCUAGUAUGGUACGCAAAUUGCUCGACUAGCAUUACAUCUAAUGUCACUAGGGGAUCUUGGUCGUCCAAUUAUCCAUCCAAGAAAUGGACAUUGCAUUCAACAGCUACGGACAAUAUAGCAUUAACCGAAGAAGAGAAGAAAACAUGGAACAAUAGCAGACAAGCUCUUUCUGCAUUAAAAUUUAACCCAGAGGAAGAAGACAAAAUAUUAGGAAAAGCAUUUGGCCACAUACAUUCGCCUUACUGGUAUGAAGAACGGAAGAAAGAGGUUCCACGACUAGAAGUUGUGAAUGAGAUAUUGGAUUAUUUAAGGAGUUUAAGCCUUACUGAUGAUGAUCUCACUAAACUUCUCAAGAAAUUCCCAGAAGUUCUUGGAUGUAGCCUUGAAGAUGAAAUGAAAAACAAUGUCGAAAUUUUGGCAAAGCAAUGGGGAAUUGAAGGUAAAACUCUGAGAAAGUUGCUUCUUCGAAAUCCAAAAGUUUUAGGCUACAACGUUGAUUGCAAAGGUGAUUGCGUGGCUAAAUGCACUCGCUGUUGGGCUCGGUUCUAACUGCUUUCCUGUUUAAUUCUCUUCCUUUUCUUUAUGUAUAAUAUUUAUCACGAUAUCAUUCUUCAACUGUUGUAUCUAAUCAUAGAUGAUAAUGAGAAUCGAGUGGUGAUUUAAUGUGCA